AUGUUGGUGUUUAAGACACUGAAACACAAAGGAAAAGCCUGGGUUGUGUUCGACUAUGCCGAACCUGCUUCCACUGCUAUUUCCAAAAAUGGGUUUCCUUUUUACGACAAACUCAUAAGAAUACAAUUUGCCAAAAAAAAAUCAGAUGUUAUUGCCAAGGCCAAUGGUACUUUUGUUCCUCACGAGAAACGAAAGCGACAAGAGGAGAAAGAAGGCAAGAAAAAGAACCAUAAUAAUUCUACACAGAUAGGCAUGUCAGCAUAUACAGGUGUCUACGGAGCUAUACCUCACCUUUCGCAAGUACCAUACCCUGGUGGUGUGAAAAACAAUCUUCCAGAGGGACCGGCAGCCCCCCCCCCCCCAAACAACAUCCUCUUUGUCCAACACCUUCCUCAUGACACAAUACCAACCCUGCUUCAGGAUCUCUUGGACAAGUACCAUGGUUUCAAGGAGGUUAGGAUAGUUGCAGCCAAGCCCGGUAUUGCUUUUGUGCAGUUUGCAGAUGAGAUGCAGUCAACUGUUGCAAUGGAGGGACUUCAAGAGCUCACGAGUACGAGCUUCUCUUUUAUGAGAAGGGGAAGAAUGGAAGCGUGUCCUUUGUUUGUCUCAAGGUUAGUGCUUUUGUUCUUGUGGAGUGUUAGAUCGGAGAAAGAGAAGAUGCUUCCCAAAGUCAUCUCUUGUCCUUUUAUAUGA